AUGACUCUUAGUGAGAAUCAGCAAUCAACUACCGGUGCUUCAUCAUCUUCCUCCCAAGUAGAAGUUUCAGCGUUGCGUCCGUUAUCAAUCCGACCCAAUGCAUGUCUCAAAUGUCUUUUGUGUUUUACAUGCGGCCAGCGCUAUGGGACGCCAGAAUGCAAGUGCAUACCCGAUCAUCCGCGACGUGGCAGUCAUCUACCUCCACACGCCAUUGACUCACGGACCACUCCACUUUGGAAACUUAAUAAUCCAGAAGACUAUUGGUUUACCAUUGCUUGGCUUCGACAAAAUGCUCAUGAACGGUAUCUGGAUGAACACGCAUACGUGGAAAUCGAUCGAGCCACCGGCGGACUCGAUGAGACGCAGGAGCAUCGCGAAGUCUCACUCUGCAAAGCAGAUUACAGCGCCCUUGCCCGUGCGCGAAGAAAUCACUUUCAAUCUCUUGGUCUAUCCGUUCCUUCGCUCAGCCGAAGUGCACGAUUCACGCCUGGUCUUCCCGUCCCUCUAAUGCCGGAGGCACUGGUGGAAAUCGGAGAUGUGGUCCGCGGUUCUUUGUCCACGACCGUGACUGAACAUGAUUCCGCAGACAACACGGCAGAGAUGCCGGACGAAUCAUUGGACCCGCAAUCUGCAACCGACCCAGGGACUCCACAGGCAAUCGAACCCAUAAAUAGAUCAAUGACGGAAGAGGCCUCAGUGUACUCUCUAUCAAGCGAACAAGAAAACACCGGCCCCUCCACCCAGGAAACGACCAACGAAGCUCACGUAUGGCUGCAAAUGUCACAAGGCGAUGCAUCCGUUCUUCCGCUGGCCCUGCGCAUGAUGGAGAGUAGCAGUAGCCAUAGCACCACGAUGGCUUCCACUAUACCCACUCACCAACGAAUGAUGUUUGCUCCGCCAUGGCCAGCCUCGCUGUAUAUGCAACGGUUUGCUUUUGGUAGUCUGCCUUCACGCGAAAGCGAACUGUCCCCGGCCAAUCCAAACCCCCAACGCGUUUUCAAUCCCAUGGAGCAGCAUGCUCUGAUGCGGCCUUCCUUGCCGCAACAAGAAGUUGUGGUUCUGAGUAGCAGCAGCAGUGAUGAUCAUAGUACCGAUGCAUGCACCACCUCGUCGUCGGCCUCAGAUAAUGAUACGCACCUUGUCAUCUCGGUGUUCAACAUCACCCCACGCAUGGGACGAUCGUCACGUAAUGCGCUCUGCCUUGUUCCACUGCCUCCGUUGCACGGUUACAACUACCGUAACCUGAUUCGACGCAUGGAAAUUGACAGCCGGUUUACGUUUGCCGACUUGACAGAUGAACUUAGCAUGCGUUACGCUAUCGGACCGAAUCUUGGUCGCAAACUGGUAUUCACCAACAGUGCCAUGAACCGUCAGUUUCCUCGUUGUCAAGCCAUCCGUCACACGGUGCGCAUGCCUGUGGAUGGCCACGUCCGCCUAUAUGUAGGCAUAGAAAAUGUGCAAACCAUGUAACUUCAUCCCCGCACCUUGCCGCAAACACCACACAGUGUGUACGUUACGUUACGUUACGUAAAGGGCGAACAGUGGACUCCAAAAAACAAAUG